ACAUACUGGACUCUUAACGAUAACGACUAAGUCAACAUUUGAAGAAAUAACUUGUCUAAUAAGUUCUUCUUUUUUCUUGGAUUAAAUACUUGUUUGAAGGUAAUUCAGAGACACUGUCUUCGUCUUCGUCUUUGCUAUGGCCCUUACUUCGCUUCUCAAAACCCUUUUCCGACGAAGAAAGAAGAAGAAGUCUACUGAGUUUGUAAGCAAUUCUGCAGUUUUCGAGUUCGACUUCGACACUGUUAAAGCUGCAACAAAUGAGUUCUCAGAACUGGUUGGUCAUGGCGGAUUUGGUUCUGUUUACAAGGGUAGGCUACAAAAUGGACAAGAAAUAGCAGUCAAGAUUUUGUCUAAAAGUUCAAUUAGAACUGAGACACAGUUUCAUAAUGAACUUAAUAUUUUGUCAAAGCUUAAGCACAAGAAUCUGAUCAACCUUCUUGGUUUCUGCACUAAACGAGACCAACAUUGUCUUGUUUAUGAGUUCAUGCCAAACUCAAGCCUCGAUUGCUUUCUACUCGAUCCACAUAGAGCUUCUCAGCUAAGUUGGGAGAUGUGUCGAAACAUUGUUGAUGGCAUAGCUCGAGGGUUACGUUACCUUCAUGAAGAAUCCGGGUUAUGUCUCGUUCACCGCGACAUUAAACCUCGAAACAUUCUAUUGGAUUCAGAUUUGAAACCGAAAAUCAUGGGGUUUGAAUUGGCGAGGAUGAUGCAACAAUGUGAAAACGAAGCUGAGUCGACUGUAAUUGUCGGUACCAUAGGGUAUAUAGAUCCAGAGUACUUGCGAAGCGGGCGUGUUUCUGUCAAAUCUGAUGUUUAUGCCUUUGGAGUUACAAUCUUGACGAUCAUUACCAGAAGGAAGGCUUGGAGUGUUGACGGAGACUCUCUAAUCGAAUAUGUUAUGAGAUGCUGGAACAGAGGAGAAGCCAUAGAUGUGAUCCAUGAAGUGAUGAGGGAAGAAGAAAGAGAAGAUUCGAUAAGCGAAAUCUUGAGAUACAUUCACAUUGCUUUGUUAUGUAUCGAUGAAAAUGCAGAGACAAGGCCGAGUAUUGAUAGAGUUCUUCACUGGUUUAGUUGUAUCUCUACUCCUUUGCCGGAACCAACCAGUGGUAAUCGAUUUCUUGGAAAGGAAGAAACCAAUUGGCCCUGGUCACUGUCUCUAUCUCCCGGACAUAGCUCUGUUACGUCACCCAUAUCUUCACGUUAAGGAGAUUGAGUGCUCUGUUUUAUUAGACUGAUGAGUGUUUAUGAUGAUAAUAAUUGUUCGUAAUUUGCUGUUGUUUUCUUCUGUUUGUGCCCAAAUCCAGUAAGACCAUAUAGGACAAUUCAAUAAUUAUUUUGUUA